AUAUACAUUAUACAGCAUGCAACUAUCUCUCCCUCCCACCCUCUCACUGUUUUCUCUCUCAUGUUUUCGCCAUCAAAACAUGUGAAUUCUGGAAAGUGUUACUAUUUUUUUCAUCUCAUUUAUACUGUUUAUGUUUGUUACUCUAUCAGACAUCACCAAACGUUUUCCCUUUAGAGUUGCCUAUAGUCUUGCAAAGAUGGAUUAGAACGCUGUCUUUUAUACCCGUGGCGUGCGGAGGCACUGGCGGGUCAUUUCGCUCCAACGUCUCGUGAGUUGUUUUAUGAGGGAAAAUGGAGAAUUUAUGGAUAGCAGAUAGUAUUUCAGUACUUGGAAUGUGGUAAAAUGUAUAUUUACACGUGCUGAUGUGAGUUAUAAAGUGACAAACCGAAAUUUAAUAUUGUUACUUCUCACAGUGGAAUUGUAUAUUCAAUUUCUUUUGAAAUUUAACAAAUUCUAAAUGGAUCUUGAAACCUUGUCAUCUUCAUUAAGCCGAUUAUUUAGCUUCAAAGUCCUCAACACAGAAAAAUCUUCCAAAAAUUUGUAAAAAUACAAACAUGUUUAAUUUUUUGCUGCUGCAGUUCAAAAGCUCAUUACAACAAGUAAUAGUAUCCUCAAUCACAUAAUAACACAUUUUUAGAGAAAUACAUCGAAGUUCCAUAUAACACUAUAACGGAUUAGUCAAAACUCAACCAAAAGAAUAAGUAGAGUCAAAAUCCUAUCAUAUAAUCAAAGUUCAUAGUCAUGAUAGACUUCAAAACCAAAUAUCCUGUUAACUUGUGGAAAGAUCACGGGAUCUACACCGAUGAUUAUAUUAAAUUAAUCAAUAGCCAUUGGUUAAAAUUUGUACCUCCCCAUCCAAUGUCACAUUAUAUUCUAGGACUUCUGUAUACAGUCAUUAUGGUGUUCGGCUGUACCGGAAACUCUCUGGUGAUUUUUAUGUACUUUAAAUGUAAAGCUUUACAAACGCCGGCAAACACGUUAAUUAUUAAUUUAGCUAUUAGCGAUUUUAUUAUGUUAGCGAAAGCCUCAAUUUUCAUCUACAACAGUUAUUACCUGGGUCCUGCGUUAGGAAAAUUAGGAUGUCAGAUAUGCGGAUUUCUCGGUGGCUUGACCGGAACUGUGUCCAUUAUGACGUUGGCAGCUAUAUCUUUGGAUCGUUAUUAUGUUAUAGUGCGUCCUCUAAAAGUGGCUGUGAAAACCACUAAACAAAGGGCCAAGAUAUGGAUAGGACUUAUAUGGAUUUGUGGAUUUUCUUUCUCCAUUGUGCCAGUGCUGGAUCUAGGAUACAGUCGAUACGUGUCGGAAGGAUACCUGACGAGUUGCAGCUUCGACUACCUAUCAAAUGAUGACAAAGACAAACAAUUUAUCCUAGUAUUCUUUAUGGUGGCGUGGUGCAUACCGUUCACAAUAAUACUGUACUGUUACAUAAAAAUACUGAUGGCGGUGUGGAUGACCACAGAAAUAGUUACCAGCAGGGUCGGUCAACAAGAGGAGAAAAGGAAAACGGAUAUACGACUGGGGUACAUGGUGAUUGGAGCCCUCAUGUUGUGGUUGGUGUCAUGGACACCAUACGCCGUGGUAGCCUUAAUGGGUGUAUUUAACCUAAAGGAGUAUAUCUCACCGCUGGGCUCCAUGAUUCCGGCGCUGUUUUGCAAAGCGGCUAGUUGUAUGGACCCGUGGUUUUACGCCAUCACUCAUCCAAGAUUCAAAAAGGAAAUGAUGAAGCUAUUGACAGAAAGCAAGACUAAAAAGUUGGUCCGAAAUUAUGGCAUGAAAAAGGGAUGGAUUGGAUCGCAUUUAAAUGAAAAUAGAAGUAUUGCCUUCGAGAACCAUUUUAAAACCGAAUACAAUGAAGUAAAAAAAAACAUAUUUGCUCUCGAAUCUGAUGACAACAACUUGCAAUGUAGUGAGUCCACUUUCAAUCACAAGACUGAAUCAUUCAAUGAGUCGGAGACCAAGUUCCCUGAAAGUGUCAACCAAGAGGGUUUAAAUUAUAUACUUUCCAACUAAUACAAAAUACAAUAACAAUUGUACAGGUUCGUGUACUCACAAGUCAUAAUGCAUAAAUAAAACAUUGGGGACUUAAUAUUGGAAAUUCUAGUAACAAGUAUAAGAAGAAAAACGAAAAUAAUAAUACCUAAGUAAAAAGUAUGAAACUAAAACAAAAGGUCAGGUCAAUAAAAUAUCACGCACAUAAUUAUUUACAUUUUAUAAUAGCGAAAGAUAUCUGACGAAUUAUGACUGAAGUCGUAUAAUUAGGUACCUACCUACUCAUUUUAAUACCUACUUUAAUCGUGUUUUUAAAAAUUAAAUAUUUAAAUUAUAUAUAAUAAUACAUAUUUUAUUUAGAAGAUACAUAAUAUAAACAUAUAAUUAGAUAGUAUACAUUUAAAUAAUAUUGAUAUCUGAAGUAUUAUCAAGUAGUUAGUAAUAUUUUAAUUCUCUUUACACAAUCUUUAAAUUCUUUAUGGCUUUUCAUCAAAAUAUAUACAUUUUUUUUAUUUCAGCACAUAUAUUACUUU